GGCGGCGACCAGGGCGGCUCCCACACGCGCUGCGCCCGCGCCCGGCUGCCGGGGUCCCCGCGCGCCCCAUGUCCUCCGCGCCGCCGCGCUCGCCCGCCCUGCGGCCCCACAGGAUGAAGAAGGACGAGUCGUUCCUGGGCAAGCUGGGCGGCACGCUGGCGAGGAAGAAGAAGGCCAAGGAGGUGAGUGACCUGCAGGAAGAAGGGAAAAAUGCCAUCAACUUGCCGAUGUCCCCUGCCUCGGUGGAGAUCCACCCUGAAGACACCCUGCUCGAGGAGAACCAAGAGCGCACGGUGAUCGACCCCACGUCCAGGGACGACCCCAGAUUCAAGGAGCUGGUCAAGGUUCUCAUCAACUGGGUCAACGACGUGCUGGUGGAGGAGAGGAUCAUCGUAAAGCAGCUGGAGGAGGACCUGUACGACGGGCAGGUGCUGCAGAAGCUCCUGGAAAAACUGGCAGACUGCAAGCUGAACGUGGCCGAGGUGACCCAGUCCGAGAUAGGGCAGAGGCAGAAGCUGCAGACGGUGCUCGAGGCGGUGCAGGAGCUGCUGCGGCCCCACGGCCGGGCGCUCCCGUGGACCGUGGAUUUGAUUCACGGGAAGAACCUGGUGGCCACCCUCCACCUCCUCGUGGCCCUGGCCAUGCACUUCCGGGCCCCGAUCCGCCUUCCCGAACACGUCUCCGUGCAAGUGGUGGUCGUACGGAAGCGGGAAGGCCUGCUGCACUCCAGCCACGUCACGGAGGAGCUGACCACGACCACCGAGAUGAUGAUGGGUCGGUUUGAGCGGGACGCCUUUGACACGCUCUUCGACCACGCCCCGGACAAGCUCAGUGUCGUGAAGAAGUCUCUCAUCACGUUUGUGAACAAGCACCUGAACAAGCUGAAUUUGGAGGUGACGGAACUAGAAACCCAGUUUGCAGAUGGCGUGUACCUGGUUCUGCUCAUGGGGCUUCUGGAAGACUACUUUGUACCCCUGCACAACUUCUACCUGACCCCGGACAGCUUCGAUCAGAAGGUCCACAACGUGUCGUUUGCCUUUGAGCUGAUGCUGGAUGGAGGCCUUAAGAAGCCCAAGGCUCGCCCCGAAGAUGUGGUGAACCUGGACCUCAAAUCUACCCUGCGGGUUCUUUACAACCUGUUCACCAAAUACAAGCACCUGGAGUGACGGGUGCGGCGCAGCAGAGACCGCGGCGGGGACGGUGCUUUGGGAGGUGCCCUGGCCUCCCCGCCAAGCCCGCGGUUGUUCCCCACUCCCACCCCACCUUUUUCUGGUUGAUACCCUUAACCUCCUUUCCCUGUAAUUCUGCAGCGGGCGGCCUCUUUUGAAAUGCAGGUUCCAAACACCAGUGCUUGAGUUUGCAGGCUGGCUUCACCUAGGGUGUCCCGGGGUGCUGUUCCUUGUUGAUCAAAAGAUGGAAAAGAAAAAAGCCAGAACCCCUGGGAGGGAGCGCCCGGCGUUCCAGCUGACAGCCGUCAGUGACCACAGGGGAUCAGAGAUAGAGCUUUGCAGCCGUGGCAAUGGCUUGUCUGUCCCCGUGGAAUCUCCUGGGUAGGGCUCUCCUCGGCAGUGAGGGCUUUUUUACUAAAAAGCGUUUUGCAGUUUUAAAAACUUCACUCUUAAGUCUCAAAAGCUUUAGCUGUGACCGAGUGUCCACCCACAUCCCUGCUUCUCGGCCGCUCAGUGCUGUUUUCACUUAGCUUUUGCACAGACACCUGGGACCCAGAGGACCCAGCUGCCACGGUCCGAGGGAGGAAGGAUUUCUGAGGCAUUUCUUUAUUUCUUGCUAUGGCCGAGUGGGCUGUGUCGGAGUCGGCUCUACAAUGCCUCUGGAGUGGCAGUGGCAUUGUAGGCACCUUCCAGUGGGAAGUGUCCAGUCCCAGAGCUCCUGUUUGGGGAUGGAUGCAUUUUAAAAAGCCUUUAGAAAGCAGGGUGUUUUAGUUGGCUUGGGCCACCAUAACAAAGUGCCACAGACGGGGGCCUUAGAUAAUAGACAUUUAUUCUCUCACAGUUCUGGAGACUGGAAGUCAAGAUCAAGGUGUCAUCAGGGUUGGUACCUUCCGAGCAUCUCUCCUUGGCUUGUAGACGCCGUCCUCUCCAGGCAUCCUCACGUGUCUCCCCGUGUGUCUGUGUCCUAAUCUCUUCUUUUAAGGACACCAGGCAGAUUGGAUUGGGGUCUACCCUAAUGACCUCAUUUUACCUUAAUUACCUCUGUAAAGACCCUGUCACCAAAUACUAUCACAUUCUCAGGUCCUGGGGGUUAGGACUUCAA